AUGGUUUUAUAUUUGUUUGUUACUGUAAUAGAAAAUGGCAUUUCUGUCAUAAAAUCAAGCCUAAUUAGUAUUGAAGAAACUAAAAAAUUCAAGGAUUUAUUAGAUACAGUACUAAAAAAAGAUACAUUGUUUCUUGAAGAAUUACAAGUAAAAGUAGAAUUUCAAAAUAAUGAUUUGUCAGUUUGGCAUGAUGUAAUUUAUGGACUUGAUGAAAAUUUAGAAGCAUGCAUUCAAUUAAAAUCAGCAUUUGAUUUGAUGAUGAGACAAACAAUUAUAAAGAAAUUACCACAACCUAAAAUCAUAAAAUUUCAUACUGAUCUACUUUUUAAUGAUCUUUUGAAGAUUCUCAGAGAAAAAGAGCUAGGCUGGUUAAACAACAAUCAUUUGACAAUUGGCAAUAGUUUCAUUAACAAAAUCACAAAUUUGGUAUGGUAUUUGGAUCCUCAUCAUCACAAACUAGAAAAAAGAGGUUUGAGGCUUCCAAACCUUAUAGCUAAUCUCCCUGAAUAUAUUUCUAAUAAUCUUUAUUAUCAUAAUAUGAAACAUAAAAGUCUGGUUCCUGCCAGAGAUGCAAGAGAUGAUGUUUUUGUAAAAGAUUAUGAAGCACAUGAUGUGUAUCCACCUCAAUAUAAACCUUUGGUGACUCUUCUAAAAGAAUCUAAUUAUUAUGAGAUUUUAAAUAUUGAUGAUUUGCUCACAUCAAAACCACAAGAAAAUUACCUCUAUUUUCAAAAUAUAUGUACUGAUACAUCUUUCACUAUGUAUAGAUAUUAUCAUGGUAAUUAUCUAGGUACAUUAAACUUUGUUUGGAAAAUUUCCCAAAUUAAUGAACAUGAUAAAAAUAAAGAAACAAGGAAUAUUUCAAAAAUAUAUGAAGAAAUACCUAUCUAUUUUACUAGACAAAUGAAAAAGAGUGUAAUCAAUAAGUAUUCUUUGUUAAUUAAAGCAUCAUCUUCUGUAAUGAAAGUGCUAUAUCAAGAUCUGACAGGUGAUGUUUCAAAACCAAAUGAUGAGCAAAGUAAAGAUAUUCAAGAGAGGAUAAAAUUAAUGUUAGAUACACAAGAUCCUGACAUAAUGAUAGAUCUAAGAAAAACUAUUGGAGAAAGAUCAACCAAGUUUGAUAUAUUUUGGGAUGAGAUGGAAGAUUAUUUUAAUGAAAAUUCACCCUCUGUACAUGAAAGAAGAUAUACUACAACUUUGUAUAUGCCAAUUGCUAUGUCUGUCAAUGAUCUUUUACAAACAAUUUUAGAAAGAUUAAGAAAUAAAUACAAUGGUGAUAUUCCCCCAGAAAUUGAAAUACCUUCAAAUGAAUGGGUAAGGCUGCAGUUUUGGCCCAAAAGUGAAUUUGCAAGAAGUAGGAAUACAGGAAGGUUUAGAAUUAGAUAUAAAGUCCAGGCAAGACAGCUUCGUAAAUUUCAUGUUGAUGCUCAUUACUGUGCUGCACUCUGGAAAUACUUCUGUGAAUUCUCAAUCAAAUUUAAAGAUCAUACUACUUUGAUUUGUGCAGAUGAUAAACACAAAGUUCCCAUAGGUGAAUUUGUUGCUACUUCAACAGGAAUACGAAAUAAACAGUCAAUAACACCUUUAGAUGGAAUACUAAAUUCCAGUGACCAUGAUUUCACAAAAUUGUCAUUAACACCUUCAGUUUCUUUGUUUGUUGAUAUUCCUAAUGAAAUCACAGAAUCAUUUUAUAAAGGUCAAGUAUAUGUAGCUUAUAAGGAUACAAUCCUACAACCAAGUUCAGCUCUAUGCCAUUCUACUGAAUUUUACAACAAUUAUUGUGCUCAGUUCCAAAACCAUCUUGCAAAACCAAAAAUAUUGCUACUAUAUACUGAUGCUGCUGUUCGAACUGCUCCUUAUUACAGUUGGGCAAAUCCAGCAGAACGCAUGAUGUCAAUAUUAAAUCUAGCUUUGCAGGGAGUUGCUUUAAAAAGGGAAUCCAUGAGUGAAUCCUCUGAGAAAUAUUUUGAUAAACUUAAAAAUUUAUCAGAUAUAUGUAUUGGUUCUGAAAAAAAUUCUAUAUUCAAAGAACUAAUUGAAUCUAUGAAAAAAACACAAGAUUUUCUUAAUGAAAGAACUUCACAUCUUUCAUUACAUGAUACAAAAUUUAGAAGUAGCUCACCUGCACUAGAAUCAGAUAUAGAAACAUUAUUUGCAUCCAUCUUAUUAAUUGAAGAGCGGAUUACUAUCAAUGAUACUGCAUCUGUAGAAUUAAAAAGAUUCCAAAAUCUUAAAAAUUUUAUGAGUACUCAUUGUCAAAUUAGACAGUAUUCUUUUCAAGUUAAAAAAUGCAAUAGGAAUGAGUGCAGAGUUUGUUUACCAAUUGAAUUACCAAUUGAAGUAUAUAAUAAUUUACACUUUUUACCUGAUCCUGAACCAUCAAGGAAUUUUCUAGCAUAUAUGGUACUCAAACUUCAGAAAAGUUUCAUCCAACCUCGAUGUAUUUAUAGUAUGAAAGCUUUGACAGAACAACAGAUUUCUGCAUUAAGGCUCAAAAUUGAUGAAAAUAACUACACUUGUGGAAUAGAAGGUUGGAUGCUUACCUCACAGAUGCUUCAAGAUGUUGCCUUUACUUGUCAAUCUAUCACAUGUGAUUCUCCAAUUGAAAAUGGAUAUUAUUCAUCUCGCAAAAAAAACCCACCUAUUUGUUAUUAUUGUGGCAGGAGCAAUUUAUUAGUUGAGAUAAACAAUGAUUUGCUUAACAUGCAUCAAAUUGUAUACCCUCUUUGUUCUAAUUGUGAACUUGCUG